CAAGUAGAUCAUGAGAAAGUCUUUAAUUUGCUUUGAAAUUCUCACAAUAUUAUGCCACACGCAAGGCCGAACUGCCAAGAACUGGCGCCAGGCCAUGUACGAUGGCUGUUUGGAACCUUUGCCCAACAAAAAUCCAGAUAUAUGGCGCCUGCCCAAACACUGGCAUCGUCAGUAUACCUAUCCACCGAUCUACAUGAAUGCCGUGUGUCCUGCCAAGGAUAGUUAUGUGUAUUUGUCGCUGGAAAAUCUAGUCCAUACUCCGUUGAAUUAUUUUCCACUGCUGCCAGUGCCAUUCUUACUCUGUUCGGACUAUAAUCAUUAUGCGGUUUUGGUGUUUUGUUAUGUGCAGAAAAACGAACAGGAUUUUCAAGUGUUUUAUAAUCAAUCCAUAAUCUUGACGGUGGAGAAAAAUCCAAUGGAUUCGAUUAUCAAUAAAAGCAAAAAGUGUCUACAGAAAUUUCCACAAUUUAAGUUUUAUCAAAAUUUAACUAAAAUUCAGUUUUUUAAGUGCUAGCAAAACCAAUUUUAUAUCCAAAUAUAAAACACUUCUUGGAGUGUACUUUU